AUGUGCCGAAGAUUACAGACGUUAUUGUUCCCAGUAACAGUGUGGGAGCACUUUUAUUGUUUGUAUCUGCCGCUAAGCAAUGGGAAUGCCAAUCAAACUGAUUACAGGGACUACCUGAAAAAAAUAUCAGCGAUUCGAAGGCGAAAAAUAGGACCACGAGAAAUGAGUCCGGCUUGUGCGCUGAUCAAUUCCGUCAUAUCGACUUCCCGGAGAGUGGAAAAUGUAACGAUAAAUGACCGUAUGACGGAGGCAGCCGGAUUUCUGCUGCAGCAGCAUCAAGCAUACUACCCGGAUCCCACUGAGAAUGACGAGCCGUUAGACACCAAGAAUGGUGUGAAGGAAAGUGUGCUGCUUCAGUGUGAACACGAAUCCAGAAAUGCCAAUAACAAAAGCCUUAUAACGUUUGUAGUUUUAUACGUCAGAAACAUAGCUGUGCCCUCUCGCUCACCUCACCAGUGCGCCUAG